CAAAGGACAAGUGGGCCAAAGGCUGUCCAAAUGUUACGUACUUUGGAGCGGAUUGUCCCUUCGUUUCCCGCGACUCUCUCUGAUUCUUCUCCUCACUGAACCCUCCGCCGGAAACCGACUGCAACAUCCGAGCGAGCUACAAUGUCGUCUGGAUUCAGCAAUGGCAUUAGGGUUUUCAGAGGAUGCAGGGCUCUCUUACUCCGUCGAAAUCUUCUGCUACCGUCCCCCCCACCGCUGUCAAAUCGAAGACGAUCUCGAAGUCGAACGCUGAGCCGAAGGAGAAGACUCCUCCGAGGUCCGAUGUUGCGGCUGCAGCCGCACCCAAGCCGAAAUUUCAAAGGGAGAUGACUCGACCGACGGGGUUACUGAAAGUCUUCCAGGUUUCUCCAGCGUUGGGCAAUUUCUUGGGUGUAUCGGAGGCUUCUCGCACCGACGCCGUCAAGCAGAUCUGGUCCUAUAUCAAGCUCCAUAACCUUCAGAAUCCUACCAACAAAAGAGAGAUUUACUGUGACGAUAAACUUAAAGCCAUAUUUGAAGGAAGGGAAAAGGUUGGUUUCUUGGAGAUUGGCAAAUUGCUCACUCGCCAUUUUGUGAAGAACUGAUCGCCAAAUUCCCAAGCUUUCUGGUUGUUGGGCUCUUCUUUGGCUCACGUGUUUUUAGGCAAACUUGCUCAACUUCUUGUAGAUGGUGCAUUUUUAGGCUUACUUCAGUGUGUUGUCUGGUAAGUUUUCUUGUAAAAAUGAUAGGCACCUAACUUAAUGGCUUCCAUCUUCUUCACCCUCCAUGGCCAUUGGUUCAUGGAAGGCAGGGGUGGUUCCACUAGUUACUAGAUUUAGUGAUUUCAGUAGUUGUAGAUAUUUUAUCUAAUUGACUCGCCUUUUAGAACCAGCUACUAGACCUGAUAUGUGGAAAUUACUACAAGGAGAGUAAGAUUCGGAUUACCUUGUUGAUCGAA